AUGGUCUUCCAUAAAUCUAAAACCCAGUAAAUUUCAGUACUAAUGUUUAUAGCCACAGUUUUCAGAAUUCGGACAAGAUUUUGUCAGACAUUGAACAUUACAAGGACACUAUGUUUACACAGAGUAAACCAUCAAAGUAUGUCUGACAUAAAGUCCGUCGCUUGCACAUUCAUCGAUGAAAAUAAAAAUCGACUCAAUGACCUUAGCCAAGACAUUUGGAAAACACCAGAGCUGGGUUUCCAAGAGUUCCAUGCACAUGAAGUGCUUACAAAAUUUCUAGAGAAAAAUGGAUUUGAUGUGACUAGAAAGUACAAAAUAGACACUGCCUUCCGAGCUGUUUAUGGUGAGGGAAAACCCCAUAUUGCAGUUAUUUGUGAAUAUGAUGCUUUACCAAAUAUAGGACACGCAUGUGGCCAUAACCUUAUCGCAGAAGUAGGCGUGGCCACAGGGAUUGCGAUUAAGGAAGCAAUGUCAACACAAAACCUGAAGUGUGGAAAGCUUUCAGUAAUUGGAACACCAGCAGAAGAAGGGAAAUGUGGGAAGUCCUACAUGAUAGCUGCAGGUGUAUUUAAUGACGUUGAUGUCGCCAUGAUGGCUCAUCCUUCACAAUUUACAUUAUCUAAACCUCUUAUGGUUGCUAUGACUCCAGUCAACAUACGUUUUACAGGAAAGGCAUCACAUGCAUCAUCUUUUCCCUGGGACGGAGUUAAUGCUUUAGACGCAGCAGUAACUUGUUAUAACAAUAUAUCAUGUAUGAGACAGCAGAUGAAACCAAUGUGGAGAGCUAUGGGUAUUAUUAAAAAGGGAGGUGAUGUUCCUAAUAUUAUUCCAAAUGAAGCAGAACUCGAAUACUACCUCAGCACACCAACAGAUGAAGAGCUCAAUAUUUUAAAGGAGAAAUUCGUCGGUUGUAUUGAAGGUGCAGCAACUGCAACAGGAUGUAAGGCAACAUACAAAUUUGCCGACCACUUUUAUUCCGCAUUGAUGUCAAAUAACAGAAUGGCAAAGCUGUUUGAAGAAAAUGCGUCAUCUAUUGGCGUCCAUAUUGACAAUGACCUGGAUGUGGUACUUAAAUAUGGUGGUGCCACGGACAUGGGAAAUGUAUCCAGGAUUGUUCCGAGUAUACAUCCUAAGUACUAUAUUGGAACUAAAAUAUGCAACCACAACGAAGGAUUCACAACAGCUUCUGGCGACCCAGCAGCACAACCAUACACAUUAGCUAUAUCAAAAGCUUUAGCAAUGACAGCAUUAGAUAUCUACACAAAUCCAGCCGUUCUUAAAGAGAUAAAGGAAGAGUUUAGUAACAUUACUCAAUAACAUUAUAACAUA